UGAUAAUCAUGUGACCUGAUAAUUGAUUAGACUAGUGUGAAGAUGGAUGACCCUAGAUCUGUUUUAAGUAUUUAUGAUCUAAAUUUUGUUGUUACUAAAUUAGAGAGGAGUAAUUUUCCAGAGGACAGAUGGAGUGAGCUAGGUCUUAAGCUACACAUCAGUCAGCCAAAGCUCGAUUCAGUUAGAGCUUAUAAUCCUCUUGAUGUGAAAGGAUGUCUUAGAAGAUGUCUAAUUCUUUGGCUCCAGCAGAGUUAUGACGUUGAUAAAUAUGGUCUACCCACAAUGCAGCUGUUGGCAACUGUAGUUGAAGAGAUGGGAUUGGGAGGACCAGAAGGCCCUCUCUUACAAAUUAGUGAUUUAGAGUAUGUAUUUGUCACAUUGAAUGAAGCUUCCUUCCCACCGAUGCAAUGGAUACCCCUCGGUUUGGCUUUAGGAUUAUAUCAGCAAACACUGGAUGUUAUUGAUGCUAAUCAUUAUGGAAAUAGAAAACAUUGUCUCAUAGAGUGUCUAUCACAGUGGUUAAUAAGAGCUGAUCAUGUUGAUGCCAAAGGAAAACCAACAAUGACCACUUUAUGUGAUGCUCUUGAGGGAAUUGGUGAGAAAGCAGUAGCUGCUCAAAUCAGGUUAAAAACAUUUAAUCAAGAGCAGGCAAGUUCCAUUGAAGAAGUUGAUGAUAGAGCAUCGUCAUCUGGAUAUGGAAGUCACUUUUCAAAACAAGAGAUUCAAGAAUGGCUCUCUGAGAUAGAAUGGCCCUCUGAGAUAGAAUGGCCCUCUGAGAUAGAAUGGCCCUCUGAGAUAGAUGAGUUCGAUAAGGAAGAGCUAGAUGCUCUAGAAAAAGCCAAUAUUAUUUUAAGGGAAGAGCUAGAUGCUGCAAGAAAAGGUAUAGAUGCUGCAAGAAAAGCCAAUAUUAUUUUAAGGGAAGAGCUAGAUGCUGUAAAAAAAGCCAAUAUUAUUUUAAGGGAAGAGCUAGAUGCUGCAAAAAAAGAAUUUGCUGAGUUAAAGGAAGAGCUAGAUAUGACAGAAAACCAGCAAAAGCAAUGAGUCACAAACCAGAAGAUCUCAGCCAACCAUUAGAGGAUGAUCAACCUGGAUUGUCAUUGAUUGUAUUUCUGUCUUUUAUUAUUUUUACAAAAUACAUGAUAUUUUUUCUUUCAUGUCACUCAGUCUUCGAUACCCUUCCUCUCCUUUAUCUAAA